GUGACAGUGGUUCAAACUGCUGCAGCUCGGAUCGGGAAGAUGGCGCGGCGCAGCGGCCGUGCCACGUCUCGGUUUAUUAAACUACAGGAGAUGAACCUGAGAAUGAUUGCAGCCUUAUUCUUCUUUGUGUGUCUCGCUUUUCCUCCCGCUGCUGAAGCCGGACUGUACACAGCUUCAGACCAGAUCGUGCUGCUGUCUCAGCAGAAUGUGGGCUCGGUUCUGGUGAACUCCUCAGCUGCCACUGUCGUGGAGUUUUACGCGUCGUGGUGCGGCCACUGCAUCUCAUUCUCUCCCAUUUACAAGAAGCUGGCCAGAGACAUCAAAGAGUGGAAACCAGCAGUGAACAUUGCUGCUGUAGACUGUGCUGCUGAUGAAAACAUACAAAUUUGCAUGAACUACAAAAUCAGCGGAUACCCCACCAUAAAGUUCUUCCAUGCCUACUCGACAGCUGAUUCAGCAGGGGUGCCAUACAGAGGUUUUUCCCGUGAUGUUCGAAAUCUUCGGCAGCGGAUCAUAGACAGCCUGGAGUCUCAUGGCGAGCCGUGGCCCCCUGCCUGCCCCCCGCUGGAGCCUACCAGUGAAACGGAGAUCAACAACUUCUUUGAAACCAACACGGUUCAACACCUGGCUUUGAUCUUUGAAGAUGCAAAAUCCUACAUAGGCAGAGAGGUGAUCCUGGACCUGCUGCAGUUUGAGAACGUUACUGUGAGGAGGGUGCUGAACACGGAAAGCGGUCUGGUGGCCAAACUGGGAGUGACGGAGUUUCCCUCCUGUUACCUCUAUUAUCCAGAUGGUAACUUUACCAGACUCAGAGUGAACUUUGAAGCCCGCGCUUUCUACUCCUACGCCCUCCAGAGGCUGCCUGGUGUGAUACGCUCAGGGAAGCCUCCACCGGUCACCAUGGAGCUGGUUAAGAAUAGCACACAGGAGCCCUGGAGACCAUUCGACAGGUCCCGGGUGUACAUGGCAGACCUGGAGUCAGCACUGCAUCACUCGUUGCGUGUGGAGCUGGCUGUCCAAAGUGUCAUCAAAGGAGAUUCUAUGAUUGCACUGAAGAGUUACAUCUCUGUCCUGGCAAAGUAUUUUCCAGGUCGUCCUGUGGUGAUGAACUUGUUAAAGUCUCUGAACUCUUGGUUGAAAAACCAGACUGUGGAUCAAAUUUCCUACAAGGCAUUUAAAGAGAAUGUGGAUAACACGGCACAGGUUCCAGAUGCUGCGUUGCCUGAGGGUGUGCGAUGGGUGGGCUGCCAGGGUUCACAACCUCACUUUAGAGGUUAUCCUUGUGGGGUCUGGACUCUCUUCCAUGUUCUCACUGUCCAAGCCAGCAACACUGGAGAUUCAGAUCCUCAGGAGGUGCUAACGGCAAUGAGAAACUACAUCCACAGUUUCUUUGGCUGCAGAUAUUGUGCAGAUCACUUUGAGAACAUGGCAAGGGAGAGUCUGGAGGUUGUGAAUACAUUGCCAUCAUCUGUCCUGUGGCUGUGGUCCCGUCACAAUCGAGUCAAUAAUAGGAUUGCAGGCGAUUUAAGUGAAGAUCCAUACUUUCCAAAGAUCCAAUGGCCAUCCCCAGAAGUGUGUCCAUCCUGUCACAUGCUGAAGGAUAAUGGGGAGCAUGGCUGGAAUGAAAAUCAGGUUCUUACCUUCUUAGGGUCCUACUUCUCCUCCAGCCGCAUCCUACUAGAUUAUCUUGAGGAUGAAAAUAAAAUUUUGAAAAAACAGACAGAAAAACAUUCUCAUAAGCUGGAAGAUUCAUUAGCUCAGAAACACAUAGAAAGGAUAGCUAGGGAGGCUUUGGAUCCCAUUACAACACCGGUGGAAGAAGAAGAAGAGGAAGAAGAACCACAGGAUGAAACAGAGGCAUAUGAAGAGGACAAUGAAGGUGGGGAAGAUAAACUAGCAGCUAGUGACAUAAAGGACAAGGCAUUUGAACAGACACCCAGGACCAACGCAAAAUUAGAAGAGGUACCUGGUCACCAGCAGGCUCACAAGAUACCCAGCAUCAUUGGAAUGAGGCUUAAGCAACGUCGGCAGCAAGAGGACAUUGUAGAUCUUGAUUCUUUUGUGAACCAGCAUUUCAAGGCCAAGGCUCUGCAAUUGGCCGCUUCCAGCCGGGUUAAGCAACGUACCCUGCAAACAAAGGUAGAGCAGGAACACCGCCAAGAGCUCAGUCUUGGCAUGGAGCUGGAUGCAGGACUGGGCAUGAUUGGCCUGCAGCCAAUUGACACAGAUCUUGACCUGAAUUCAAUCUACCAGGGAAAGAGACUGAAAAAGCGAGAACUGGCAGGGCAGUAUAUUGGAAAAGGGGUUGAGUUGUUCCAGAGGGGACAUUGGAUAUCUGUGCUUAGCAUUGGUUUCUCAAAUGUAGACAUAAGCUUAUGUGUAAUUCUUUAUGCUGUGUCUUUCACAUGUCUUGUAGCCAUGUACAUUUUCUUUAGAAACCGCUUUAGGAGAAGGAGAGUUAAAAUAGCUCUACCUUAAACUACACACAGAAUUUCUCUUUGACAUCUCACUAUCACACAGUAAAAAGGGAAUUGGUAAAGAUGUGGGGACAUGAUUUUUAUCUUUGAAUGCCGAUGUGAAUGUCAGGAGUUAGCAAAUGUUAAUUACUUUAGUUAGAAAAUCAAGACAGUUUUUCAAGUAGCUCCAGAUAGCAAUUUAACUUGUAUAAUUUGUGCACAUAAUAAAUGAUACUUCCAUCCAUUCUAGUUUGGAUCCUUGUAAAUCAUAAAGUGAUAUUAAUUUGCUUUUGAAGGUUUUGCCCCCACUGAAGGACAAAAACCCCCAACCUACUUUCAUUUGGUGUUAAGAAGAAAAAAUUUGGUCCUUUUUUUUUUUCUAAAAUGUUCUUUCCAAGUCAUUUAAUGCCUUUUGGUCUUGCAACAAUUUGUAACAAUACUUUAAAAAUCGUUAAUACAUCCCUCAAUUUAAAACUGGCAUUUGAAUAGCUAGAGGAGAGUAGAUCAUAGUAUCAUGUUUCUCUGCAUUUCAGUGAUAUUUAUAUAUAUAUAUUUUAUAUAUAUUAAGUUACAUUGCCCAGUCCUAAUGAUGGCUAAACAGAUUGUUGAGAUGCUACAGAAAUCAUAAAGGUUCACACUGGAAACUGUUUUAGAGAAAACUUGAUUGUUAACAUGAAAUAAUCAUUUGCCACUCUCUAAAUCAAUA